AUGACACAGAAGAGCAAAGCCUGCAACAAGGUUGUUUGCUGGGUAGGCGAAGCCAGCCACGAUGAUGCGAAGGUCCUGGACUAUAUGUUAAAAGAUAUUCUACCUCUGAGUCUGACCCAACCGGAUGAUGAGAUAAGCGACUGGGGGGGAGAGAAGAUUCCAGUAUUUCAGGCAAUAAAUACUGAUCAUGACGAGAAUGGACUGCUGGAAACUACCGAAUACCCCAGGCGGGAGAAGGAAGUCAUACGGCUGCGGAACCAGGAACAUUCUUCAGAAUCUCUUCGGACAGCCUUAUUGGAAAAGAGUGUGGAGAUAUCUGCAGCAGUAGACGUAGCUGUCGUUUAUGGCGAUGUUGAAUUCUCCUAG